CGGCUGCGGCCACGCUAGAGCCGCCGAGGGCAGCCGCCGCCAGUGUAGGAAUGGGACGACGGCCGUGUGGGGAGGGGUCCCCGCCGCCUUCAACUGCUUCCCCAGCCCAGUAGGGCGACCAGGACCCGAGGGACAGAGGCGGGCUGGUCGCGCUUAACCCGCCACGCAAGGGCAGGGCGCGCUGCACCAAGAGCCCCCCGGAGCUCCGGCGCGCCUCCGCAGGCAGCCUGCCCGGUGGCGGCGGGGCGGGAGGAAGCCGCUGGCUGCUGCGAGGCGGGGCAGGGAAGCGACGAUGGCUCACGGCUAACCACAUCCGCGCCGGAUCGGCCCCGCAAGACUGGCGCUUCUUUCGCCGGCUUCCCUGCCCUGCCCCUCCAUUUUGAAGGCGCUGCGGCGGCAGACCGAGGCGGCGGCGGCCGUCAGAAGCGCGCCCCGAUGGCGUUCAGCUCGUCCUGGCAGCUCCUGUCUCCCGUGCAGUGGGCCAAGUGGACGUGGUCCGCGGUGCGAGGCGGAGGGGGGCCCGAGCAGGAUGCCAUCGCCGGCGGGGACGGGGAGCUUCAGGCGGCGCCGGGGCUGGAGGACGACGACGAGGAAGCGCAGGCGGAGACCAAAUCGCUGAGUCUCAGUUCGGAUUCGGAAGGCAAUUUCGAGACCCCCGAGGUGGAGACCCCGAUACGCUCACCAGGGAAGGAGCUCCCCCCAGACCCGUCCUUGCAAUUGUUCCAGUCUGAGGUCGAGUCCCAAGCAUCUCAUGAAGGUGAUGUGGACUUGGUAGACAAAUUUUCAGAGAAGAGCUUGCUGCAGAAGGACUUGGCUUCAGCAGAGGAUGAUUUGCAGGCAGACACUGCAGUCCCACAAGCUGACAAGCCAUUGGCAUCAGAACCCGAAUUUGAGCUUGGCAGGGCUUCAUCAAUGACUCCCUGUGCGCCAGCAACGGAACCAUCUGCAGAACAGCCUGCAGCCGUGGCAGAGGAAAGGGCUUCUCUGGGAAAGUCUGAUCUAGACCAAACGUUAGCAAGCUCCAUCACCCAAGGGGAACAACAGAGGACACCCUUGGAAGACGCAGAGGUCGAGACUGAAGGGUCCACGGGAGCCAAGCUGAGUGGAGAAGCACUUGCUGUGAACAAAAGCAAGCUCCCAAGAGCAAAGCCUUUUGGCCUGCAGAAGAAAAUGGGAGGAGAGAACGCUGAAAGCGAAACAGCCACAGAGGGGAUCCCUGUACCCAAAGCUGCCUACCGCUUUGACCCAGAGACAUACAACGAAAACAUGAACCCAUUUGUGAUGGGAGGCUCCAGGCUCCAAAACUCUCCUCCUCCUUCUCAGCAAGGCUUUGUGCUUCCAAAGAGCGACACAAAGGAGUCCAAUUUUGGGGCAGUUGGCGAGCUGGAGGGCCGAGCGGUGAGACUAGAGUUUGAUUUUGUGGAAGGAGAAGAGAGCACGGAGGCCAAGAAAGCCCCGCUGAGGAAAACCGGCAGAAAGCCAGCCAGCAGAUUGUCUCCUAAGAGGCAAAGAGGUGGUGCCACCCGACCUGUGGCAGGCACCGAGCAGGUAGCGAAAGCACCUGCUGCUGAUGCACUUGAGGCGCCACUUCCUAAGGCCUCCCACCCGGUGGACAGCAGCCAAUGGGGUGAUCCUAACUUCAACCCCUUUGUGGGCAGCUCAGCUUUGCAGAGCUCCCCAACUUUGCAAAAGGGUUCAUAUCACUUUGAGACGGUGGACCCGUUCAAGCCCUCUGAUGGUGCUGGAACUGACUCCUGCCCCACUGCAGAGAACAGCCUCAAUGAGAUUUUGGAGUCCCAGGUGCUGGAGAUCCAUGGAGGUGAACUGAAGACAGGCUCAGCUUCACCAAAGAAGGCCAAAUCACGGUUGAUAACGACUACUGAACAAGUGAAAUUUCUCUGUUUUCUGUUGAGUGGCUGCAAGGUGAAGAAAUACGAAACACAGUCUCUGGUUCUAGAUGUUUGCACUAAGGAUGACGAAGAUGGAGCGCUCAUAUCCCAUAUUCCAGACCUUCCCAAUCGGGAUGGACGUGCCACCGAUGAAGAAAAACUGGCUUCCACGUCCUCCAUUCAUAAGCCAGCUGAGUCAGAGGUGAAAGGUGAGCCCGAGGAAGACCUGGAGUACUUUGAGUGUUCCAAUGUUCCUGUGUCUGCCAUAAAUCAUACGUUUUCAUCUUCAGAAGGUUUUAAUAAGGAAUCCUCCUGCAACCCGACAGAGAGCAGUGGUCUCAGCAAUAUAUUGGGCAAUUCUGAACUGUGUUCUGUGGAGAAGGCCUCUGGAGUUCCACCAUCGGGCAUGAGGGGGAGUGCUGAAAGCCCCCUGGACGCCAUUUGCCUCAAUGAGUCAGAUAAGAUGGCAGUCCUAACUCUGAUCAGAGAGGAGAUCAUCUCUAAAGAGAUUGAAGCAAAUGAAUGGAAGCGGAAGUAUGAAGAAAGCCGGCAAGAGGUUUUGGAAAUGAGGAAGAUAGUGGCUGAAUACGAGAAGACCAUCGCUCAGAUGAUAGAAGAUGAACAGAGGACAAACAUGGCAUCCCAGAAGAGUCUUCAGCAACUCACGAUGGAGAAGGAACAGGCAUUGUCUGACCUGAAUUCAGUGGAGAGGUCCCUAUCCGACCUGUUCAGGAGAUAUGAGAACCUGAAGGGUGUCCUGGAAGGAUUCAAGAAGAAUGAAGAAGCCUUGAAAAAAUGUGCUCAGGACUACCUGACUCGGGUCAAGCAGGAGGAGCAGCGCUAUCAAGCCUUGAAAAUCCAUGCCGAAGAGAAGUUAGACAAAGCCAAUGAAGAAAUUGCUCAAGUGCGUGCCAAGGCUAAAGGGGAGAGUGCAGCUUUACAUGCUGGGCUCCGAAAAGAACAAAUGAAGGUGGAUUCCCUGGAGAGAGCCCUGCAGCAGAAGAACCAGGAGAUUGAAGAGCUGACCAAGAUCUGUGAUGAGCUGAUUGCCAAGCUAGGAAAGACCGACUGAUCUAUACUCCGUUGUCUAGAGCCCCAUGCUUGGACUGCUUCCUGUCUGUCUGUCUGUCUGCAUCUUCAAGCAAAGCACUUUGUCUUAUUUCCAGAAAUAAUCUCCCCCUGCAGCAGAGAGAAAAAGCACACACCUAGCUUCCAGACUGAGCAAUUGCCAUCUGCAGGAUCCAGAGGCCUGGCCUGUGUUCACUUCCAGCAUUCUGCUGACUUAAAUGUCCCUGGCUAAAUUUCUGCUGUUGACUUUUAGGUGGCAGCCCUGUUUCCUUGUAUAUGUCUGACUGGUAUAAGCAAGGCAUGCAUUAGAGAUGUGUUAUUUGCUACUAUGUGUUGAAAACAGGCACUCAGGGUACGGUAGGGAUCCAGCCCACAGAAAGUGCUGGGUUGCUGCCUCAAGAACAGUUGCAUGGCAAAAGAAGCAUCACUGAUGAUGCCAUUUUGGUUGAGGGGAACAGACCAGUAUCAGGUGCAGCUUAACCUGAGUAUGUGUUGUAUUGUUUGUUGCUGGAAAUGUAGUGUGGCAAAAUGAAGAAUCUGUAUCUGAGAAACAAGGCCAGCUCAAAUGCAAUAGUUUCAGUACACAGGAUGAAACUCAGAUUGGUUUCCAUAGAUGGCUCACGUGUGGGAUCCAAGUUAAAGUUCAUUAGCUCCUGGGAGGAUAAAUCUUUGGGGGGUCAUGUCCAAGCAACCAGGAAAAGAAGUCCCUGACUCCAUGCUAGUUCACGUCGGUGCUGUGGCAUGAGAAAUGAGACCUGCCAAAAAGAGCACAAAUUUCCCAGAAUGCAGCUUGAAUGCAAGGCCUUUCAAGGUAGAGAGCAGACAUUAGAGGUUCAGACUUGUGCAAUGAAAAUUUCUCUCCUUGGUUAAGUCAAGGAUUCCAAGAUGUACCAUCAUCUCUUUGGAAAGGGGCAAAAGACUGGAAACCAGGCUUCUGUUUACCGAUAUCUGCCAUCCUCAAAAGCACCUUUUCUUCAGUGUUCCCACAGAACCUAAAAUACUGUCAAACCUAAAACAUAUUACAAAAAACCCAGCCCCCAAAAUGGGACAAGUAGAUGGAUGUCUAAUUCCUUGGGGAAUUUGUGCUGCUGUUGGAAUUGUAUAAAGUGAAGUUGAGGACUUCUAAGAUGUACUUGUCAGCCCACAGAGGGGCGUCAAUUAGACUCUUGUCUUUCUGAACUUAUCCUAGAGUUUGUUUGUGCCCCUUUAGUUGGUCUGGUGCAGAAUUGUGGAAGCACUUUGAAUACACCUUCAAGGAGAUCUGUUGCUGUCUGUUUUUGUGCCAUGCUUGUAUUGAAGUCUCAUGUGGCUCAACUGUAGUCAGAUUUCUUUCUUUUAACUUGGGAUGCCUCCCUGCCUUGCACAGACAUGGCUUGUCUUGGUUGGGUGGGGUCUGCAUACACUGAGCAUAGCAAAACUGACGUUUCAAAGCCAUGGACUGUGGUACCUGUUGAUGGGUGUUUGCUGAGUCAUCCAUCUUCUGUGAUUCUACUGGUGCCUAAAUUCACACGCAAUCGUCUUUACAAUUUAGGUUCCAGAGAAUUUCAGCCAGGCAUAAUGGAGCAUAGUUUCUGUUCCUCCUUUAUCAUCUCUAGACAUGUUCUGAAGGUUCAGUGUGAGCCAGAGUUCUAUGGUGAUGAGCCAUAGUUUCUAAAUCACCCAUGUGUUAGCAGGUACUGACCAGCUGGGGUUCCUCUGAGUUACCGGAUGACAAACUCUGUUGCUUUUGAGGUUGGAGAGGAGGGCUUUCUGGAUGACAGGUUUGGUUUUAAAGGCAAGCUUGCUUGGAAUCUGUCUCCUUCCUAACGAAACUGGGUACAUCCCUUUUGUGCUUUGAUAUCCACAUUUCUUGCCUUACUGCGUGUUGCUGUGUAGAGCAGCCUAGGCGCUGUCCAAUCUCCUUACCAGGCCGGUCAACAUACCAGUGCAAUUGAACCAGUGAACUGGGAAGAGCAGGGAACGGAAGGGCCUCUUAGAGCCUCUUUUUCUCUUGGAAGUGGCAGUCAACAAGUGGAACUGAGUGUGGCUGGAGACUGCUCCAUCGUUCAGGCCAGGUAGAAUAUUCAGAGAAUCUCUAGAAGUACAAGAGGCUGGGACUACCAGCUAUUUGAUUCCUUUUUGAUGAUCUGAAGGGGGCAGUUUUUCUCUCAAAUUAUGGCCUAGUUGCACAAUAUGUUUGUCCUGGGCAUGUCCCCUGGUUGGGGGGCUCUCUGCUUGUCCCAGGCAUACAAGUCUGUGAUUAGCACAGAGAGAAGGGACUUAGACCUCUCCCCUCAUCAUUGUCCUAACCUGAACCGGAGAACCACUAAUGUAAUGUAUAUUUUGUAUCUGAUGGUUUGGAAAGAGCUCUGCUGCUAAGCUUCUCAUGUGAAAAAUACUCCCAUCACCUAUGAAAUCACAAUCCUUACCAUCUGGAAAUAUGAUGUUGGUCUCUUUUGCAGGUUACAAGUAAAAACCUUGAAUAAACAUUUGUUGUCUGUAAAGGAAGGAGGAAGGCAAGGCCUGUUCUUGAGGCACUUAAUUCUCCUCUACUGCCAAAGCCUCGUGGUUUGAUAGCAUCUCCCAAUUUCCCUCUGGGUUCCAGUGGUUGCACUUUUCUUUGUUGUGUAUGUGUGCGCGCACUGUGCCAAAUGCUCUCUCGUUUUGUGUGCCUCUCAAGCAUGCCACUGUAAAUGUGGGCAAACAAGAUUCCUAAGGAAUGACAUUAUUAACUAUAAUAUGGUUAUUAUAGUUUGUGCAGAUAUUACAAAAUGUGUGUAUAUAUAUAGAUAUAUAGAUAAUGGCUAAAGUUCUAUACCGUGGAUGGUGUGUGUGAUUUAAAUUUGUGGAUCUGUUGCACCUCAUAAGCUCUUGUGUAGCAAGAGAGAAGCUAUGCUAUGCAGACUGACCGUUGGUUUGAUCCCUAUAAUCUCAUCCUUGUAGGAGCAUAGCUUCUGCCCAUCUAUGUUUGCAGGAAGGUUUGAACAAUGGCUGCUGCACCUGAUAACGGAGUUGUUAAGGCAAUACAUAAGGCUCAGUAAGAAUGUAUCUGCACCAGCACUUAACUUGAUCGCAUGCUGCUUUCAUUGCUCAGCUGCCCCUAUGGGAUCAGUGUCAGGGUUCCGAACCUGAGUGGAACUGCAGGGUCUAUGCAGCAGACAGAUAACGCUUCUGUUGUAAUCAUGUUCCCAGCCUCUGCUCACCUGCAGGAGUGGCUUUGGCACUGGACUGUCCCAUGUUACCUUAUCCAUGGUUUUUGAGCAACCUAGUACUUUGCAGCUGUUUCUCCUUCUUUAGUUCUGGUGGCAGCAGAAGCCGCAUGUAGAUUUGGCCAUAUUCUAAUUGCGUGGGUAUAGGAUUAUGAUUCUCUUCCUGAUGGGCAUAUCGAUGGUUAUGUUAAGGUAAACAGGUCACUUGCCUGUGCCCUGAAUUCAAAAUCCAGAAGAAGAAAAAGAUUCUGACGUAACAUGCUGGAAACUGCUCUUGCAUCUUGGCUGUAGGUACUCUAGAGGGACAUGCUGUAUUUUGGAAAUGGUAUGGAGCUGAAGACAUCCAAUGCAUUUGGCCUAACUAGACCCAGGCCAGGGUCCAGCAGACCUAGGUGUGUCAGUCCGUCAUAAACAUAAUGACAUGCCUUGGCCAGAAUAAAAACUCCUGACCUGGUUUAUUUUCUGACAUCUCCACAACAUCCAAUGAAGUAAAUCAGCAGGCUGGGAAUUGCAACCCUGCUGUUCUCUGGUUCCAAGCAUGUCUUUCUCUGCAGUGAAAUCUAAGCAGCUUUUUGCACAAAGGGUCUUGUCUGUAAAAAGCCACUGUUCUUGCUUUCUGCCAAUGUACUUUGUCUGUAACAGAGCCCCCCCAAGAACUCUUAACCUCACUGUUUAUCUGCUUUGCCUGCACCGUCAAGCAAAGGUUCUCUAACAUCCAGGAGAAGCAGCUCCUGCAGUUUGGGUCAGUUUGUACAGUUCGGUGUAAGUAACUUGCCGCAUUCACACAUUUGAUAUGUAUGAUGAUUUCCCUUUUCUAUGUCAAGUAAAUAUUUGUAAGAGUUAUACUCACACAAAUGGGAUUAUUAUAAUGAUUACUAAUAUAUUUUUUCCAUGUUCCAUUGCCUG